AUGAAACGGUUCCUUUUCGUGUUACUCGUUGUUGGAGUUACCCGGGCCUGUCAACCAGUGCCGGCACCGCAUAUGGGUGUUGGUGCGAAUACAUAUGUUGUACCACGCAAACAAAGAGCGAAUAUCAAGUUAGUCACCAUCGUUGACUACGAUAAGGAAAAGGUCCCACAAUACAUGGGCUAUUUCCCUGCAACACGUGUGUCGCAAUGGAUGAAAGAAGUCGUAGAAAAGGGGCAGUACUACAAAAAAGCGCCUGUAGAAUGCAUCCACCCUCAGACUACACCAACAGAACCGAAAACAACGGCAGAAGAAACGGCAACAGCUACAACAGCGCAGUCGCGACCAGUGCCAGAAGCAGCUACAGAAGAAGAGGAAACGCAUCCAAAUACAAAGCCAGAACCGAAAACAACGGCAGAAGAAAUGGCAACAGCUACAACAGCGCAGUCGCGACCAGUGGUGCCAGAAGCGGCUACAGAAGAAGAGGAAACGCAUCCAAACACAAAGCCAACGCAGGAGUGA